CCCUCCUCCCUCCACCCCUCAGCCUGCGGCCGGGCGGCGCUGGGCUUUCAUCUGCGGACCAGCGGGAGGAAGCCAAAUCCCGGCGAUCUUCCUCGACGGCAGCGCCUUUGCCUACCGUGGAGGCAGCUUAAGCCGGCUUUAGCCUCAGCGUCAGUUCAGCCCGGAGCCCUUUGGCGCACAGGGUCCGUCCCGCGCGCGGCGAGAGGAUGGUCAUCCGCGUGUUCAUCGCUUCUUCCUCGGGCUUCGUGGCGAUAAAGAAGAAGCAGCAGGAUGUGGUUAGAUUUCUGGAAGCCAACAAGAUAGAGUUUGAAGAGGUGGAUAUCACAAUGUCAGAAGAACAGAGGCAAUGGAUGUACAAAAACAUCCCCCCAGAGAAGAAGCCUGCUCAGGGCAACCCGCUGCCACCUCAGAUAUUUAAUGGCGACCGAUACUGUGGAGAUUAUGACAGUUUUUUUGAAUCGAAGGAAAGCAACACUGUCUUUUCAUUCUUAGGCCUGAAACCACGAUUGGCAUCAAAGGCAGAACCUUAGUGAGGCAAAGUGGAAGGUGACGGAGAUGCAUUUUGGAGCACCCAGUGGUACUCGGCACACACCUGCUUACCUAAUGCAUCACUGUGACAAAAGCCACAUGCAUCAGUAACUUUGCUUGCCACGAAAAGGGUGUUUUUGGAAGAUGUGGGUAUAAUGGGGAUUGCAUGAUUGCUUUAAACCAAAUCAGGACUGUGGUGGAUUUUUUCUUCCCAAUUUGCCUGCAGUUGCCUCACUCACCUGAAAGUACUGUCUUCUGUUACGGGUGUGCUUCCUUAAUAACUGAUAGACAAGUGGGUGGCACCAUUAGAGAGAAAAUGUUGGGUCUGCCCUAGGAUAUAGUAGAUGCCAGUAUUGCAUAAACCUACUUCUCUUUAAGCUGCUUGGAUUGCAUCCUUGAAAUUAGUCUGCCAGGCUUAUUAGAAUCUUUGAAUAAAAAAGAAAAAAGCAAUGCUGAUUGACAAAAGGGCAUUGAAGAUUUUUGCUACAGAAUCAUAAACAUCACUGCUCUAGUGCUUUGUAAUAACACCUGUUGAAAAUG